AAAAUAUAAUAAAAAUCUAUUAAUUUUUCAGUCACUUUUAUUGAUUUAUAGGGUGGAUAAUCUUUUUAUUUCUUUAAAUAAUAAAAAAAGUUGCUCAACGGUAGUGUUUACCUAUUGAUAAGGGUUAUCAUUUUGACACAUUUCAAAGUGUUAUCUAACCUCUCGCGGUCGUGCUGCAUAUUGCCCAAUAUUAUUAUAAAAUUACGAUAUAAAAAUGGCUUAUGACUUAAAAAAAGAGGAAGAGGUCAAGGAAUUUGUAGAGAACCUUGGCGUUGAAUAUAGAUUCGGUUGUUUCAAAGAAAAGAAGCCAGAGGUGUGUCACCUAUUAGGUGAUUAUUUAGAAGCAAUUAAAAAAGAUUUUACGAAAGCAGCUGCAGUAUUUAAAAGCAAUUGUUUAGACUAUAACUAUGGGAAAUCAUGUCUUAAGUACGGGAAUUAUAAGUUGGUCGGAAAAGGCGGAGAUAAAAGUGAUCUAGAGGAAGCUUUAAAGUUUUUCGAAAAAGGUUGUGAAUUAAAUGAUCCCACUGCUUGCUUACAUGCUGGCUUGUUGCUUACUGCAACUGGCCCGAACGCCACAGCUCCUAAGGAUGUACCUAAAGGUUACAACUACUUGAAAAAAGCAUGCGACAGAAAUGAAUCUAUGGCUUGCCACUACCUCUCAGGCAUGUACCUCAGUGGCAUACCAAGAGACCCUAAACAAGUAAACCCACACAACCCUGAAAAGAACAAAACUCUUGACUAUUUGAUCCGCCCAGAUAUGAAAGAAGCCUUUUCUUUUGCAAAGCGAGGUUGUGAGCUUGGCCAUGUAUAUGCCUGCGCUAAUAUUGGUAUCAUCGGAGGAUCCGGUUUUGAUGAGCCAGGCUUGUUCGAGAACCCUGUAGAACGCGCCGUUACAACCCCGUUCGGAAACCCAUCUGAUGUUCUGCUUGAAGGUUUCAUUAAAGGCGUGCCGUGUGUCAUACUCGCACGACAUGGUAGGAAACAUCAGUACCAACCCAGUGAUGUCAAUUACCGUGCGAAUAUAUGGGCGCUAAAGGAAGUGGGGUGCACGCAUGUGCUCGCUACCACAGCUACGGGCAGCCUUGACGAGAAAUACGAACCGGGGAGUCUGGUUAUCAUUGACGAUUUUAUUGAUAGAACAUGGGGUCGUAAAUGCACGUUCUACGACCGCACCGAAGGGGGUCCAAAAGGCGUCUGUCACUUGCCGAUGUUUCCCGCCUUUUGUGCGUCGGCUCGUGACGCGCUGUCAAGUGCCGCAAAAGCAAGAGGUUAUGCUUGCCAUCAUAGUGGUACCGUUGUUACUAUACAGGGGCCUAGGUUUUCCAGUCGAGCAGAAAGCCUAAUGCAUCGCCAGUGGGGCGGGCAUCUUGUAAAUAUGACUACAGUACCAGAGGUGGUUUUAGCGAAGGAAUCGGGGCUGAGCUAUGCAGCCGUAGCCCUUGUCACUGAUUACGAUUGCUGGAGAGAAAAUGAGAAAUCGGUAUGCGUAAGCGAUGUUCUUGCAGCAUUUGCGAAAAAUGUGAAAAAGGCAGCCGAUGUUAUCGUCGACGCUAUUCAGAUUUUGGCCGCUAAAGCCGAUCAUGCCUAUUUGAAAGCUCAUAAGGAACUUGUUUCGUCCGCCAUCAUGCUUAAGGAAUAAUCGAAGCAUUCCAUUAUUAUAUAAGCUUACCUUUUAUACUUUUAUCAUAUUGUAAAGAAAUAAAACAAUACAUUU